AUGAAAAAAUAUUGGGACAUGAUAUAUAACGAAAUGAAAAAACUAUUUAAAUACACUUUCCCAAAGAAACCAGAAGCAUUUUUGCUAGGGAAAACAGGGGAUGAAUUAAAAAAGAAAGAUUGCAAACUAUUCAUGUACGCAACAACCGCCGCUAGAAUCUUACUGUCUCAGAAAUGGAAAUCCCAAGAAAUCCCAACUUUAAUGGAGUGGCAGACAAAAAUGUUUGAUUCCAUAGAUUUGGUGAAAUUGACUUAUAAGAUUCGGAACCAAAAAGAAGCAAAGUUCGAAAAGGAUUGGAAUAAAUUUGUUGAAUAUAUACGGAGUAAUUGUAAGAAUUUAAAAACUGUAGCAGGAUUAAUGUAA